GGGUGGAUACUGCGUGAGCUGUCAGUGGCCCUCAUAAACCCAACAACAAGAACAACAGUUUAUGCUGUUCUCAACAAUCUCCAUUACUUUGUGCUACACUUGUAUACACACUUGUUAUAUACACAUCUACACCAGGUCAAGCAGAGUGUGAGAGGCUGUGUAAGGAUCAUGACUAUUCCAAGAUAUAUAGAGUCAAAAUGGCAUGGGCAGGGUAUGGCAGUGUUAAAAUUUACAUACAAAGAUGAUGAUAUGGAGAAGCAUUCUGACAGACAAGUUGCUGAGGUGGGCAAGAUCAAAUGUUGUGUGUCCUCGCUGCACAUCAUGGAAUAUGCAAGGAAACCUUCAAUAGAUGCUGAUGAGUCUAGAGGUGAUGAAGCAUCUCAGAAUUCCAGUUCUAGUGAGCAGCAACUGCCCAGGAAAUGUUGUGAAGCAAAGAUAGAUGUUUGUCCUCCAGGAGUGUCUAAUGACAUAUGGCAGUCCUGGCUGAUGCACUGGGAGUCUUGGAAGGACAUUUAUAUUCCUUUAUCUUGGGUACAUAAAUAUCGAGAACUCUGCAGUCCAGAGUAUGUAGAAUGGCACGAUUCAUAUCUGGAAGAAUAUUCAUGGAUUAUUCCGUAUAUUGCCGAUGAAUUAGGAGACAGCGAUUGUGAACUAAUAAAUGUCAGUUACUUACAUACAGAACAAAAGGAUUUGGAUGAUGCUGUAAAUGUAAAAGAUGAAACCAUCCAAAGUGACUGUAAUCUUGGAAUAACUGAUUCUCAUGAUCAAAACAUUAGUUGUGAACUAAAUUUGUUGGAAAAUAAGUCUCAACAGUAUAAUGAAAGUGAAAAAUGUAAAAUUGCAAAAAAUAAUUUAAACUCGCUUGCAGAAGUCCAGUAUUUACAAGAAAACUCACCUGGUCAGAGUGUAGCAAAUAAAAAUAUUAAGAAGGAAGUUCUAGACUCACUUUAUGAAAAACAUUCUGAAAAGAGGUACUGGGUUCACCUUCGUAAUUUUUUGUAUACUUAUAAUUUUGAUAUUGAUGCUGAUGGUGUUAAUGAUUUCUUCCUCCAGAAUGCUGGCAUACAUUUUGAUAGAAGCAGAAUUCUUAACACUAAUGAGCAAGAAUUAGCAAAUACAGUGGCAGAUAAAAGUAGAACCAUUGAUAAUUUUGCUGAUCAAGUGGAGACUGAAUAUAAUAUAAAAAUCAGUUUACAAGAGUCUACUGGAGAGUUGGAUUAUAUAAAAACUGAAGAACAGAAUGAGGGACAUAUUCUCAACAAUGAGAAUCAAAUUCAGACCAAUGAAACUAAUGAAUUAGAAGAUAUCAAUGAUGAUGAUAUGAAGAAACAUUAUCAUAGGACAUCUUACGUAGAAAAUAAUUCAGAAAUGUGUUUGAAUGCAGCACAGUUUGAAAACAACAGCAAUAAGCUUGUGAGCAGUGAACCUACUCAGGGUGAGGACACUAAUGUUAAUUGCAAAUAUUUAAAUGUUUCUGAAACAAAUCAGUCAGAUGACCCAACCCAAGAUGAUGGAAGUGCUAUAAAGAGUCUUGUGUCAGAACAGCUUGAUCAGAAGAAAACAGAUGCAGACUUUUUUACUGAGAAACAGUCGGAAGAUGAGGCAAUGACUCAGGUAAGAUUGGAUAUUAAUGAAACCAAGGAAGAGCAAACAGUGUUUGAAAAUAGCACGUUUCCUUUUGCUCCAUCUGGCGUUAAACACAUUACGAAGAAAAAGAAGAAGAAGCAGCAGCAAGGGCUUUCCAGGCACACUGCAGGUCUUGGCUGGGCCCUAAAGUAUAUUCAGUACCAGGAUGAUGAGAUUAGACAAAAUGGGGAUGAUAACCAGUCCUUGGAAGGACCAUCCAUGUUUUCUGAGGAUUUUCAAGAAAAUGUAAACUUUGAAGCAUCAGAAGAUAUUUCAAUAAAUAAUGAGUUGUUAUUAGAUGAAAAUCGUGGCUGUAGCAGUAAUGAAGUGGAUAUGACUCAGUUUGAGGAGGAAGGAAGUAUUGAUGAAAACCUUAACAGUAGUGAAGGUGGCAGUGGCUGUGCAAUUAUCAACUUUCCUGAGAAGAAUGACCAUGUUUCUUCUGCAGAAAGUCCUGAAGAUGUUGGUGAUAAAGAUCAAACGAAAACUGGGUUAACUAGUUCGAAGAUAAUUGCUGGUGUUGGAAGAUUUGUGGCCACAAGUGUAUUACACAUCUUAGAUACGAUCUUUCCUGCUUUCCCAGUUUCAGGUGAAAUAUUCAAGCUGCCUUUUCAAGUACUGUGGCCACUAUUGUCUUCUACAGUAUUAUCCCGGGAGUCUCAGGAGCAGUCUCCUCUGUAUAAUACUGUUGAAACACUUGAAGAAAAACGAAGGAAUCAUUCUGAUAAAAAACAAAGGAAAUUGUACAAGUGGUUGCGAUCCCUGUCUUACUUUCCCCCAUCUUCUACACUAAACCCUGUGGAAGGUGUUGUGCUGACUACGUUCCAUAUACAACCUGAAGAUAGAGAAGAUCGAAGAGUUUAUUAUUCAGUGGAGAAGACUGUUGCGGAUGAUGGUACAUCAAUGUUAAAUCUCCAGGCCUUGAAUCUCCUUGAAAAUAUCCAAAUGGAAGAUUCCUUUCAAGCUUUUUCAACACACGGAGAUGACAACCAUGAAGAGUGGACUAGAACUCACAUUACUUUUGAUGAAGAAGGAAAUUUUGAAUCUUCAGCAAGCGUUAAAGGAUAUUUAAAGACACAGGAAGCAGCUAACCAUAAUCCAGAGACAACAGAAAGAUCGGCGUGGAGGGAAAUGACAGCCGAGCACCAGCUGGUCAACUAUGGAGUAACUGAUGAGUCUCCCCCACCAGAUGUUCCCCAAGAGGUUCAUAAAUAUUGGGCUCAGAGGCAUCGUUUGUUUAUCAAAUAUGAUGAAGGCAUCAAAUUGGACCAAGAAUCAUGGUAUUCUGUGACUCCCGAGUUGAUUGCUGCUCACCAUGCUAAUAGAUGCAGGUGUGAUGUGGUGGUGGAUGCCUUCUGUGGAGCAGGUGGCAAUGCUAUACAGUUAGCCAUGACUUGUAACUAUGUGAUCGCCAUAGACAUAGACCCAGUCAAAAUUGCACUUGCUCGCCACAAUGCUGCUGUGUAUGGAGUGGCUGACCGCAUUGAAUUUAUUAUUGGAGACUUUUUUCAACUUGUCCCCAGACUUAAGGCUGAUGUCAUAUAUCUUAGUCCCCCAUGGGGAGGUAUAGAGUACUUUCGUGAUGGUACAUAUGAUGUGAGGAACUUGGGUGGAGUGUUUAAUUGUGAGGAACUGUUGGCCACUGCAAGAACUAUUACUACUGACAUUGCACUCUACCUACCAAGGACCAGUAACUUGUAUCAGAUUAUUGAGCUUGCUGGUAUUGGUGGCACUGUUGAUAUAGAGCUGAACCACAUGGGGAGGAAGAAGAAAGCACUUACUGCCUACUUUGGAGACUUGGCUUAUUACUGAAGUGAAUCCACUUUAUAAAACAGUACAGAAAAGACAAACUGAGGUAAAUAUCACAUAUUGUGGCUUACAGGGUCAUUUAACCCUUGAGCGGUCCGAACGUAUAUAUACGUUCACUCGCGUAAUGCCCCAAAUUUUUUGAGAAAAAACAAAUCUUUUUUUUUAAAAGGAAAAAAGAGCAUAUGGUACCCAGGCAUCCCCAAUUAUUUUAAUAUGGCACCCAGUGAGUGUGCAAAUCCAUUCUCUCAUGUCUAGGUGACUCAGGCUUAUUGUGGCAAUGUUGAAUGAAUGACAAAGAAAACGUAUAUAUAUGUUGGGGCGCUACGCGCGUGAACGUAUAUAUAUGUUUGGACCGUUUAAGGGUUAACCUGUGAUGCAUAUGAACUUUUGGAAAAACAGCUAGGGAAUAUGUGAGGCAAAUGUAUUUUGUUCUUUGAGGCACUCUUCCUUGAUGUGUUCAGAUAAAAUGAGGUGGAUUAAAUAAAAAAAAAUAAGAAUUUGUGGGAUGGAAGUGUAGAUUAAUUUUUAUAGUAAGUGGGGGAUGUUAAUUCUUGACCAGAGUCAAGUGGGAAAGCAACCGUUAUGCAGGAAAAUUGAAAGAAAAUUCACUGCAGGUUCUAAUAUUUUUAAUUUCAAUUGUAUUAUUACAGUACAGGUAAUACAGGUACACAUUCCUUUAUCCGAAACCCUUAGGGCCAGUAGUGUUUCGAAUUUCAGAAUGAAGGUGGGGUCUAAGGCAGCACCCCAUAAUCAAACAUUAACACUGUAGCAAAAAUGUAUGAAUACUCACACUAAGUGGGAUAAAUAAACAAUACAAAUAUUACUACAGUUUAUUUAUAGAGUAAUAUAUCGAUAAAUGAAAUAAUGGAAUAAUUAUAGACCAGGAACAUGAUUGUCAGGUGAUGAAGCAGCACUUUGACAGAUGGCUGUUUUCAAGAUUUAACUGAUCACACAUUUUCAUCAUAUCAUCUAUGGGAAUUUUUUUCACCUGUGUUCACAAUGUCAUCAUCAUCACUACUAUUCUUAUGUUUAUUUGUAUUUAACACCAUUUCUUUAAAUCAUAAACAAUGGUAGUUCCAACACCAUAUUCUUCAGUAAGACGCCGCACUGACACAUCACGAUCAAGCUUCUGCAGUAACUCUGCUUUCUGUGUUAUUGAUAAUGUCAUGUUUUCUUUUCUUUUUCUCAUUGUUAUCCAUAAGGGUAUCUGCAGCUCUUUUUGACAUUUUCACAGUGAAAUUAAAGUCACAAAAUAAAAAGCAAAAACAAAAUACCAGCAAACACGUGUGAACACUAUAAGUGCUAAGACACUACUGACGCCUGCCACUCUGGCUGUCAGUGACUAACGCUCCACUCCCCAUGAAAAAACUUUCAGUUUUUCCAAACUUUUCGAAUUUCAGAUAAGGGAAUGUGGACCUGUCACAAAAUGAAUGGCA